GUCGGAGAUCGGUACGAUCUCUUACGGAUGCUGGGCCGGGGCUCUUAUGGAGAAGUUGCGCAGGCCAUUGAUUUGUAUGCGGGACGUGCGGAUGCCUUUGUGGCGAUAAAACGAAUCCUCUCCCCGUUUGAUCAAGAAGUAGACGCUGUACGCCUGUACCGGGAGAUUCACAUUCUCCGGCGGAUGCGGGGGCACGACUGCAUUAUUCAGUUGUUGGAUGUCGUCCAGCCUCCCACUGACGAUCUAGACGACUUUCAUGAUCUGUAUUUGGUGUUCGAGUAUGUUGACACUGAUCUUUACAAGCUCAUCAUGUCACCACAAUAUCUGACAACAGAGCACAUUCAGACAUUUUUGUAUCAGAUGCUCACCGGGUUGAAGUUUAUUCACUCCUUUUCUGUGAUUCAUAGAGAUCUGAAACCCGCCAAUAUUUUGCUCAACGAAGACUGUUCGUUAAAGAUUUGCGAUUUUGGGCUGGCUAGAAUAGUCGACUCGUCGUCCAUGUCAACUUCGAAACAAGACGACGAUGUACAGCGACUUAGAUCUCCCGGAAGCUUUGGGCUCCCUCCAAAAGUUGGUUUGACCCGACAACUGACAAAGCACGUUGUGACCCGUUGGUACCGUGCUCCCGAACUCAUUCUUAUCCAGCCAUAUACUUCGGCAGUCGAUAUUUGGAGUCUUGGUUGUAUCCUAGCAGAGCUCCUGAGUAUGCAGGAAGGUAACGUUUCCGGAUACGAGGACCGAAAGCCACUUUUUCCAGGUGGGAAAUGCUUUCCUCUCUCUGGAGAAGGCGAAACCAUGAAGGCGGAUGAACGUUUAGACCAGCUGAGUGUUAUUUUUGGGGUCAUCGGAAGUCCGCCCCCGGAAGAUAUAUCAGCGAUAGGAAAGGCGACCGCCUACAUUGAUUCUCUCGGCAAAAUAGAGGGCAAACCACUAGAGAAAGUUUUCCCGGCUGCUGAUCCUCUAGCCUUGGAUCUGCUGCAAAAAAUGCUUUAUUUCAAUCCAAAGAAACGAUGCACAGCCGAAGAGGCGUUAGAACAUGCUCUUUUUAAAAACGUGCGGCGAAAAGAGCUGGAA